GAAAAUCAGUAGAGGUAAUGUUUAUUGGGUUCAUGAGUCAUUUGUCAAUUUCUCGUGUUUUUCUUCUAUUGAUAAAAAAAUCUUAUCAUUUUCUUAGCUGAUUUCUCCCUUUAAUUUUUAACAAAAUAUUCAAUUAAAUAUAAUCCUAAAUUAUGUAUAAGUGAACAUUAUAAUAAUCAAAAAGCAUCAGGAAGCUUUUAGGAAAAGUUUUUGAAGGAAAAAGUGCUUGAAGCUGAUUCUUUUUUUUUUGAGACCCCCACGAAAUAAGGAAGCGCCCGAAAAUGUCCUCUUCGACAAAACCUAGUGCCUCAAUACAGGAGCUGGCAGUUCAGAGUGAAUUCUACAUUGGUCUGGGCUUAGCAAUCUCAUCCAGCUUCUUCAUUGGAUCGAGUUUUAUCAUAAAGAAAAAAGCCCUGAUUCGAAUGACGAGAAUUGGGGCUGUUAGAGCUGGUUCCGGAGGCUUUGGAUAUCUCAAGGAGUGGAUUUGGUGGGCAGGACUUAUUUGCAUGGGUGUAGGAGAGGCAGCAAAUUUUGCAGCUUAUGCCUUUGCUCCGGCCUCCCUGGUAACCCCCUUGGGGGCACUGAGUGUCAUCGUAGCUGCUGUGAUGUCAUCGAAAUUCCUCAAUGAAAAGCUGAACCUUCUGGGGAAAUUGGGAUGCUUCCUGUGCAUCAUUGGGUCCGUUAUAAUUGUCAUUCAUUCCCCGAAAGAGGUGGAAGUGGAGGAUUUGAAUGUUUUGCUGGAGAAAUUGCAAGACACGAGCUUCCUUGUCUACGUCCUCGUCAUCAUGUCCAUCUCAUUGACAAUUGCCGUGUACUUGGGCCCCAAAUUUGGGCAUUCAAAUGUCAUUUGGUACGUCCUACUGUGCUCAGCAGUUGGGAGUCUCACGGUGAUGUCGUGCAAGGCACUCGGGUUGUGUAUUAAGGAUGCCAUCACGGGGAGAUCCAAUGACUUCUCCACCCUCAUGCCGUACAUCCUCAUCAUCACCACCGUCAUCUUCAUUGGCAUCCAAAUGAACUACCUCAAUCGUGCCCUUGAUAUCUUCAACACCAGCAUCGUUACGCCCGUAUACUACGUGAUCUUCACGACCCUCGUGAUUGUGGCAUCGGCGAUCUUGUUCAAGGAAUGGCGUCACAUGGCUGCAUCGGAUGUAAUUGGCGAUCUCUGUGGCUUCUUCGUGAUUAUCGUGGCGGUGAUUCUGCUCAAUGCCUUCCGGGAUAUGGAUAUCACGUUAAACGAUGUGCGGGGGAUUGUACGACCAAAGCGACAACUGCUCCAGCAGCAGGCAAGUCAAAUGGACGAGAUACUCAUAAAUCAGCAGAAAAACUACGGCACGAAUGAGCUCGAUUUACGUGUAUGACGUGACAAUAAAAAGUACUUUAAGGCUGCACCCAAAAUAAGUUAAGAGACUGCAAAGAAAAACCUCCUCCUCCUUCGUUUAUUUUUUUUUUAUUUUAACAAUCAUGCUGUGUAGAUAAUAAAAUAAAAAAAUUUGUUAAGAAAUUUGGCUACAAAA